AAUAUUUCAAUUUAGAAAUCAGUAUCAAAGUCAAAAGUGUUCUUUAAACAUCACUGAGUGUCGUUUUCUUACUCUUAAUCCUUCUAAUAAAAUAAACACAUCAAAAUGAAAUUUGUCAUUGCUACAGUAGUAUUGGCUCUUGCUCUUGGUGCACAAGCUGGUUUACACGGUGCGUGGGGUGGCUCUGGCGCAGGCUGGGGUGGCUCUGGUGCUGGCUGGGGUGGCUCUGGAGCUGGCUGGGGUGGUCACGGAGGAUCCGGUGCUGGCGCGUGGGGUGGUAGUGGUGGAUCUGGCGCUGGUGCGUGGGGUGGCAGCGGACAUGGUGGUGUUGGUGCAGUCAUUCCCGGUAUUGGUUUGGCACAAGGUCCUGGCAUUGUAGCCGCUGCCCCAGCUGUAGUUGCUGCUCCAGCUGUUGUAGCUGCUAAAAGUGUUGCUAUAGCUGCUCCAGUUGCCGUUGCUGCUCCAGUUGCUGUAGCUGCUCCAGUUGCUGUUGCUGCUCCAGUUGCUGCUGUUGGUGUUGGUGUUGGUAUUGCUAAAGGAGGUUACGUCGCCAAGACCCGUGGUGCUGUACAUGUUGCUCCAUUGGCUAGCCACAUUAGCUCAGUUGCUUCCAUCAAUGUUGCUCCCGCACCAGGUACUCACUAACUUCACUAAAAUGAAGGAUUAUUUGACGACACUCCCUAUUGACAAGUGAAGACAUAUGUUAUGGAUUAUCUUAAGGACUCAUUUAAUUGCUGCUAUAUCAUACAACAUUCUCAACGACAUCCUGCCUGGUACUACUACUUCAAAAGCAAUAAAAAGAAUAAAAGCAAGAAUGAUUUUUAAAAAUUGUUUUUGCAAUUAACGAAAAA